GGGGAUGGAUGCAAGCAAAGGACAAGAAGACCCUCUCAAACUCUCUAGACACGGGACAAUUUGGAAGCAUUGUAGUCCUGUUUCGAUGUACAUCAUUAUUUGACGGGACUAUAGGAGAUAUUUACCUUCACCACAUCACUCUUUAAUUUGUAGUCUUCCCUGUGUGAAUGAAUCAUGUUCUCGAACGUUUUAAUGUGCUGCAUGAUAGCACUGGACACCGCGCGCAUCGCAUCAUCUCUGGAGUUACAACCUGGCAUGCCUAAUGUGUGUGCGGAGCAGGAGUUGUCCAUGCUGGGUGCACGCCAGCCCUGUGUCCAGGCCUUCACUCGGAUGGUCAAGGUCUGGAAGCAAGGCUGCACCGGCCACCGCUGGUGUGUUGGCUACGAAAGGAGAACAGGCUACUACACAGCCUACAGGCAGGUGUACAGUAUGGAUGUGCACAGGGUGACCAGGUGCUGCCCUGGGUGGACACAGAGGGGCAAGGAGAGGGGCUGUUUGCACCGGGUGUGUGCUGCUACUACCUGCUUCAAUGGGGGCAGGUGUGCUGAGAGAGGUGACCAGAUCUGUCAUUGUCCUGUAGGCUUCCAAGGAACACGCUGCCAGUAUGAUGUCAACGAGUGCUCGACUGCUAACGGCGGCUGUGAGGGACAUUGCUGCAACACCAUUGGAAGCUUCUACUGCAAGUGCCCCGAGGGCAGUCGUCUGGGCCCGGUCGGAAAGGCCUGUUUGGAUGUGAAUGAGUGUGAGGAGCUGAAUGGCGGCUGCCAGCAGACCUGUAUGAACACAGCAGGCUCCUACCACUGUGAGUGCAGUCAGGGCUUUCGCAUGCACACUGACGGAAGGACCUGCAUUGCUGUGAACUCCUGCUCAGUGAAGAAUGGCGGCUGUGAACACAAGUGUGUGGACAUGGACAACGACCACUACAAGUGCGAGUGUCGUAGGAACUACCAACUGAAGAGGGAUGGGAAGCACUGCGAGCUUAGGGACCCCUGUGUGGACAGGAGUGCAGGCUGUGUCCAGCUGUGUCAUUUUGUGGAUGGUCGAGCAGAGUGCAGCUGCAGGCCUGGGUACUCGCUGGCCGGUGACCGCCAGGGCUGUGAGGACAUAGAUGAGUGCAGCUCAGGCCAGGCCAUAUGUUCCCAUCGCUGUGUCAACACCCGCGGCUCCUUCAGCUGUGUGUGUAACCCUGGCUUUGAGCUGGGUGCUGACGGAAAACAGUGCUACCGUAUUGAGAUGGAGAUCGUGGACAGCUGUGAGAAGAACAACGGAGGAUGCUCCCACCACUGUGAACACACCACCAACGGACCCCUCUGCUCCUGUAACCAAGGAUACCAACUGGCUGAGGACAGGAAGACCUGUGUGGACAGUGAUGAGUGUGAGAGUGAGGAGGCGUGCUGCAGUCAGUUCUGUAAGAACAACCCAGGGGGCUAUGAGUGCAGCUGCCAGGCUGGUUAUAGGCUCCAUCCAGACGGCUGUGGCUGCAAUGACAUUGAUGAGUGCCUGGCAGAGAGUUCUGUCUGUGAACACUACUGUGUGAACACCCCGGGGACCUACGAGUGUUUCUGCAGACUGGGCUUCCGUCUGGACCACGACCACAGAGCCUGCAUCCCGCUGUACGACAGUGACCUGGAUGACGAUGAAGAGGAGGAUGAUGCAGAUGAGGAUCUGGAAGUGCACAGGUUGCCAGAUCUGCUGUUCCGACGGCCCCCUCAGCUCCUGCAGUACACUGCAGCCCAGCACUCACCCUAUGGUGAAGACCAGGAGGAAGAGGCACAGAGAGGGGAACUCACCCUGGUCAGCCACAUAGUGUGUCUAGAUGAUUCCUUCGGGGAUGACUGUGGUGUGAGCUGUGCUGACUGUGAGAACGGAGCAGUGUGUGGGGCGGACAGAGAACACUGUGAAUGUACACCUGGAUGGACUGGCGUCAUCUGCAACGAGACUUGUCCAAUGGGGACCUAUGGACAGGCCUGUAACAGCCUAUGUCGUUGCCAGAACGGGGGCUCCUGUGAACCAGUAACCGGGAGGUGUGUUUGCCCACCGGGGGUGCAGGGCCAGCUCUGUGAGGAUGGUUGCCCACAAGGAUACUUUGGGAAACACUGUAGGCGGAGGUGUAACUGCCCCAACAACGGGCGCUGCCACCGUCUCUAUGGAGCCUGCCUGUGUUCCCCAGGGCUGUACGGGCGCUUCUGCCACCUGCCUUGUCCCAGGUGGACUCACGGUGUUGCCUGCUCCGAGGAGUGUGACUGUGAUCUGGAACAUUCCCUGGGCUGCCAUCCCAAGAACGGGACCUGUCUGUGCAAACCUGGCCACCAUGGCUCUCAGUGUCAGCAAGAGUGUGAUCCAGGGUUCUAUGGUAGUGGCUGUUGGCAGCAGUGUGACUGUACAGUUGGGGAGACCUGUGACCCUAGGAGUGGAGAGUGCGCCCGGAGGUGUCCUGCAGGGCUCCAUGGGAACUUGUGUCAGCUGGCCUGCAGUGCUGGUCAGUUCGGGGAGAACUGCCUCCGGACGUGUGUGUGUGGAGGAGAACCCUGUGACCCCAUGACAGGAGAGUGUAUCUGCCCUGUUGGGAAGACAGGAAAGGCCUGUCAACAAGACUGCCCAGAGGGAUUAUGGGGGUUGAAGUGCCAGUUCCUAUGUAGAGCGUGUGAUAACGGAGCUUCCUGCAACAAGCAGACAGGAGUCUGUAACUGCAACCCUGGGUACACAGGACAACUCUGCCAGACUGUGUGUCCAACAGGGUCCUAUGGGCCAGGCUGUGUGAGCACCUGUGUCUGUCACCCUGAUGCCAGCUGUGACCAUGUCACCGGACACUGCAUCUGUCCCCCAGGCCGAACAGGACACGUCUGCACUAAGCCCUGUGAGGAGGGGUCCUGGGGCUCUGGGUGCUCCAACAGGUGCCAGUGUGCAGACCGAGCCCUGAGUUGUGAUGCUGUGACUGGACGCUGUGCGUGUGAGGCUGGCUUCACUGGAGACCACUGUGAACAGAAGUGUGUGGAGGGCAGCUAUGGUUUGGGCUGUGCCCUGGACUGUCAGUGUCAGCACGGAGCUCUGUGUGACCAUGUGAGUGGAGCCUGCACCUGCUCCUCUGGAUGGACCGGAAGCUUCUGUGAGAAAAUGUGCCCGGACGGGUUUUACGGUCUUGACUGUGGCCAGAUGUGCGAGUGCAGGAACGGUGCCCGCUGCCACCACAUCACAGGAGCCUGCCUCUGCACCCCUGGCUGGUCGGGACCACACUGCAUUCUGGCCUGCCCUGAGGGUGGUUUUGGGAAGAACUGCAGCCGGAGCUGUGAGUGUCAGAACGGGGCCACCUGUGACCACGUCAGCGGCCGCUGCAGCUGUGGAGCCGGAUGGACCGGAGCCAGAUGCCAAGAGGACUGUGGGGAGGGGCACUAUGGAGAGGGGUGCACACAAACCUGCAGCUGUCAGAACGGAGGGACAUGUGACAGAGUGACUGGGGGGUGUAGCUGUCCCCCUGGCUGGACUGGAGAGCACUGUCAGACAGCGUGCCCAGACGGUCUCCAUGGAAAAGGGUGUGAGCAGAGGUGUGAGUGCGACCACGGGACAAGCUGCCACCAUGUGACGGGCAGGUGUGAAUGUCACCCAGGAUGGAGAGAGGCCCGGUGUGACAAACCCUGCCUGCCUGGGGUCUACGGUGCUUCCUGUGCCCAGCGGUGUCAGUGUCCGUCUGGGGUGUCCUGCCACCACGUUACUGGGACAUGUGGCUGCCCUGCUGGUCUCACUGGGAACGGCUGUGAGGAGACGUGUCCAUCAGGUAUGUUCGGUCUUUACUGUAGCCAGAUGUGCCAGUGUUCUGGGGACCAUGAGCAGUGUCACCCUGUCACUGGAAGGUGUACCUGUCUACCUGGUUACUACGGCAACCGGUGUGAACUCAUGUGUCAAGAGGGAUCAUAUGGGCCAAACUGCAAGGCCAGAUGUAAGUGCAACAAUGGCGGUCGCUGUGACACUAAAACAGGGACCUGUGAGUGCACACCUGGCUUCCUAGGAGCUGACUGCAGCAUUGGUUGUCCGGCUGGGCGCUAUGGGAAGGACUGUGCCCGUCUGUGUUCUUGUGGGGAGAGAGGGCAGUGCCACCCUGUGACUGGGAGGUGUAUCUGCGCCCCAGGCAAAAUCGGGCAGUCCUGCCAUCAAGCCUGCCCUAGGGGGCGCUAUGGCCUGCAGUGCAGGAACACAUGUGUGUGUCAGAACGGGGCGCUGUGUGAGCCCAGGGACGGGAGCUGCAGGUGUGGGCUGGGCUGGACGGGACCACGCUGUGAGACAGCGUGUGUCCAGGGGAAAUAUGGACCGGACUGUGCACUGGACUGUCCCUGCCAGACCAACGGGACAUGUGACCGCUUCACUGGCUGUUGCAGCUGCACGGCCGGACACUACGGACACUCUUGUGAACACUUGUGUCCCUCAGGCUUCUUCGGACAGAACUGUGCCCGUCCGUGUGUUUGCCGUGCGGGACAGACAUGUGAUCAUGUGACGGGCCGGUGUGUGUGUCUGCCUGGCUACCAUGGUUCCCAGUGUCAGAGACGGUGCGAGGUUGGCAGGUUUGGGGAGGGCUGUCAGCAGUCAUGUGACUGCGUCGGGGGAGCCCCCUGUCAUCCAGCCACGGGACAGUGUCUCUGCCCCCCGGGGAAGACUGGACAGAGAUGUGAAAAAGACUGUGGAGGAGAUCGUUUUGGUCCUGACUGCUCCCUGCAGUGUCAGUGUUCCCAUCAGGCCCAGUGUGAUGCUCGUAACGGCCGCUGCCUGUGUCCUGUUACCUGGCUGGGCCCCACAUGCACAGAAGGACGACUAGAGACUGCAGAGGUCCCAGCAUUGGGCUUCUCUCCCUCCCUGAAGGGGCCGUCUGGUCUCUCCCACUCGUAGCGCCACUGGAGGCCCCACAUCCCAAACUAGACGUCCCAAAUACCCCCGCCAGAUGUCUCAAACACUGAACAAGGUGCCCUAAAUAUGCAGUCAGGGGUCCUGGGGCGUCAUGGGAAGGCUGUGUACAGAUGGACAGAGGUAUACAGCCAGAAGGUGAUUCAGGCCUGGACCAGACACACAAGGUCAUGUAUUCUUAUGUCUACACCUGUAUUCUACACAUUUGGUUGAGAAAUGUGCAUUGGCUUUUUGUGAGCCUGCAGAAAGGUGCAGAAUGCCGGUUUAGUUAGAGAGAGAGACAGCAGGCUACACAAGCACCUGGAACAUUGAUGUGCUGCUCGGCGGUAGACAUUGGAACGCGCCCUACCUGAUUGUCUCAGGACUGGACCUCUGCCCCAAGUCAACUGGUCUAGCCUGUCAUUAACCACAGGCCAAGUGCUUCCUGGACAUUCAUAACAUCUCUGUCCUCACCCCAAUGCAGCUUUGUGCAGCCUAGUACACAGGGGCGGGCAACUACGGUGCUGGAGGGGCACAGUGUGUGCGGACCAUCACUAUCACACAUGAUUCACAAAGACCAUGAUUCGGUGAUUAGUGGAAUCAGGUGUGUUAGAGCUGGGCUGGAACAAAAGCCGGCACCCUCCUCUUGCUUACCCGUGGCCUACCCUCAGAGUCAUUGGUCAGACUGACAUGGGAGCAACAGCCAUCACUCCCGAAGUGUCCACUGGUACUGUCUCUCCGUUGAAUGGCACUCGGUCAUUUUCUCAUAUGGUAUACAGUGAGACUAUUUUGUGUUGUAUUUUACUGGUUUCUUUUGACAGCGUCUACCUGAUUGCUUGUCAUAAAGUGUUAAUAUAUUUUGAAAUGGCUUUUGGUUGUGUGUUUGAUAAGAUCACUUACUGUACUAUCGGAUCAAGGAAAGCCACGUAUCCAUUCAUUACUGCUGUUACUGUCUGUUAUCGUAAGUGUGUCAGUUAAAUGCCACUAUGACCUAUAGAAGUCUGUUUUAGCCAAGUAAUCAGUAUAUUUUCAUGUAGAAGGGUUUUUAAAAUAUUACAAAGCAUUUGAACUGUACCUCAGGAUACUGCAAUUCAUACCACGCAUAACAUGUACUGUACUAUGUGCCUGAUGGCAGGCUUUAUGUAAAUGGUGCUAUUUUGAUACAUUUUGAUUUUUUUCUUUAAAUUCUCUUUUUGCUAA